AUUAACCCAAAAGAAGAGAAAGAACAACAACAAGGAGGAGGACCUUUUUCACUCUACUCGUAUGCUUGAAGUGCCAGUGUGCUAGCAGCAAUAUGUCUGCUGUAACGCCACCUGUAAAUGAGCAGUACGGUGUUCAUCGGCGUGAAACUGAAGAGCUGCCAUCAGAGACCCAGAGAAGCUGGCAUCCUGCUCAGUCUGUUCGCGGUGCACGGCAGACACCUCCACACCAGCAGCGACACCGGGAUGUCAGCCAAACCCAGGCUGGACCUCCCAGACAUCCCAGAUGGCUUCAUGACGAUGACCCCACUACUAGAGAGCCACAGCUGGAUGACUGUGAGCGGAUGGGAACUCUGUUUGGGAUGCUCAACAAGGGUCUGCGGAAAAUGGGCUUCAGCCAGAUGUACUUUGGGGACAAGAUAGUUGAGCCAGUAGUGAUUGUUUUCUUUUGGUUGCUGCUCUGGUUCCUGGGAAUCCAGGCCUUGGGACUGGUGGGAACUCUGUGCAUCAUUAUCAUCUACAUCCAGAAGUAAAGCGCAGGUGAUCAGAGUGGAGCCUGCUGUUUGGUCAGUGCUUUUCCAUGUGGGACUGAUUUUAUGCUAAUUACUCUUUCAUUUGGAAUGUGCUGCAGAUCAGUGCUUUGGGGGAACAAUGAGGGAGAGGGCUGUACCUGUGUAGUGGUGGUGGAUGCUCCGUAUGUUUCUUGUUCAGUUUAGAGAAAACUGGGCUGAUUUUUUUUUUUUCUCUUCAUUUUUUAAAAUAAUUUUUGGAAGCACAGGUUAGUCUGAUGUAGAGGUUCUUCAGCCUCAGGAGCAGUGUCCUGCCUUUGCUGCUGUUGUCAUGAUCUGAUCAUGUUGACAGGCUGAUUUGAAAGGGUACAGUGACAAACAGUUUGUUUCCGGCUGAGUCAGAGGCUAUAGAGGGAAGGCCAGGAGACCCAGCACUCAGGAAACAGAACUGCACACACAGCUGUGUGUGGAGGGAUGUACUUACAAAAUUGUGAGAUAUUUAUUAACAGUCUGUUUGACUACCAUGACUCCACUAAUUAAUCAUAAAAACAACUGACUGUAAA